AUGGCGGCGCGCAGGAGCCGGGCGCUGUGGCCGCUGAGCGGCCGGGGCUGCAGUUGGGCCCUGCUGUCCCUGCGGCCGCCUUGGGGCUGGACCCGGCCGAUGUCCACCGAGAAGCCAGGGGCGGACACGCAUUUCGGGUUUGAAACGGUGUCUGAGGAAGAGAAGGGGGACAAAGUCUACCAGGUGUUUGAAAGUGUGGCUAAAAAGUACGACGUGAUGAACGACUCGAUGAGUCUGGGGAUCCACCGGAUUUGGAAGGAUUUACUGCUGCGGAAGAUGCACCCUUUCUCUGGGACCAAGCUCCUUGAUGUGGCUGGAGGCACAGGAGACAUUGCCUUCCGAUUCCUUAAUUACAUCAAAGCUCAGAACCAGAGGCAGCAGCAGAGGGAGCUGAAAUCCCAUCAAAAUUUAAGCUGGGAAGAAAUUGCCAAGUGGUACCAGAAUAGCCGGAGUCCCUUAGGGGAAUCCCAUGUGGUCGUCUGUGACAUUAACAAGGAAAUGCUCAAUGUUGGAAAGAAGAAAGCACAGACGUUAGGCCACAAAAGAGGGCUGGCUUGGGUGGUGGGUGAUGCCGAGGAGCUGCCCUUUGAUGAUGACAAGUUCGAUGUUUACACCAUUGCCUUUGGGAUCCGAAAUGUCACCCACAUCGACAGGGCACUUCAGGAAGCCUAUCGCGUCCUGAAACCAGGAGGCCGGUUUCUGUGUCUGGAGUUUAGCCAAGUGAGCAACCCCAUCAUCUCCAGGCUCUAUGACCUGUAUAGCUUCCAGGUCAUUCCAGUCAUGGGAGAAGUCAUUGCGGGGGACUGGAAGUCGUACCAGUACCUUGUGGAGAGCAUCCGACGUUUCCCCCCACAAGAAGAAUUCAAGGAGAUGAUUGAAGAUGCUGGCUUUCAGAAGGUGACCUAUGAGAGCCUCACGUCAGGCAUCGUGGCAAUCCAUUCAGGCUUCAAGCUAUGACUCCAGCUCGGCACACUCCUCGCUGUGCAGUCCUGUGGAAAAGACUGGGAGGGUGUGGGCUGCUCCUUGAGAGCUCCAGCCUCAGGAGUGACCCCCCCCGGCCUGUUGGGGAAGAGGGCACGGCAUUUCCCUGACGAUCAGCUGGUGCUGUCUGGGACCUUUUCCCAGGGUGGCAUUUGGUUCGUUUUUCUUGGAUGUGCGGGGGGGGGGGGUGUGAGCCCAGAAGCCCAGACUGGAACAAGUUUUGUGGCCUCUGCCUCCCCACCACGUCAUACCAAAAGGGAAAUAAGUGGACCCUCGUGGGUGAGUAGAAAGGUGGAACCUCCUCCCAAGGACACACCCAGGUCCUCCUUAAGUCCUAGGCCUGUGUCAUCUGCCCAAGCAGAGGGUGGGCUGACCGUGCCCGGGCUGGAGUGUGAGCCUGGAUGGCGUAUUAAAGAGCUGACUUGUGUCUGA